CCCGCGGCGUCGGGCGUCGUGGCGGGUCCUCCCCCGCGCCGGGCGGUCCCGGGCCGAGCGGUCCCGGGCUGAGCGGUCCCGGGGGUCCGGCCCGGUCCGGGGGGGGCCCGGGGACCCCACGACUCCGCCGGCCGUGGCCGUUGCGGGCGGGCAACAUGGCGGACCUGGAGGCGGUGCUGGCCGACGUGAGCUACCUGAUGGCCAUGGAGAAGAGCAAGGCCACCCCCGCCGCCCGCGCCAGCAAGAAGAUCCUCCUGCCCGACACCAGCAUUCGGAGUGUAAUGCAGAAAUACCUUGGGGAAAGGGGUGAAUUGACUUUUGACAAGAUAUUCCAUCAAAAAAUUGGUUUCUUGCUUUUUAAAGAUUUUUGUAUGAAUGAAAUUGAUGAAGCAGUCCCUCAGUUGAAGUUUUAUGAAGAGAUAAAGGAAUAUGAGAAGUUGGAUUCCGAAGAAGAUCGCCUCGGUAGAAGUCGGCAGAUUUAUGACACGUACAUAAUGAAGGAGUUACUCUCUUGUUCCCAUCCAUUCUCUAAACAAGCCGUAGAUCACGUCCAGACUCAUCUAGCGAAGAAAAAGGUGCCAUCCAAUCUUUUCCAGCCAUACAUUGAAGAAAUUUGCAAUAGUCUCCGGGGCAAAAUAUUCCAAAAAUUUAUGGAGAGUGACAAGUUUACUAGAUUUUGUCAGUGGAAAAAUGUAGAGCUAAAUAUUCACUUGACCAUGAAUGACUUCAGCGUACACAGAAUUAUCGGACGAGGAGGAUUUGGCGAGGUCUACGGUUGCAGAAAGGCAGACACUGGGAAAAUGUAUGCGAUGAAAUGUUUAGAUAAGAAGAGGAUCAAGAUGAAACAAGGAGAAACUUUAGCCUUAAAUGAAAGGAUAAUGCUGUCCCUUGUCAGCACAGGAGAUUGUCCCUUUAUAGUAUGUAUGACCUAUGCCUUCCACACGCCUGAUAAACUCUGCUUCAUCCUGGAUCUCAUGAAUGGGGGAGACUUGCACUAUCACCUCUCCCAGCAUGGGGUAUUUUCUGAGAAGGAGAUGAGAUUUUAUGCCACUGAAAUCAUCCUGGGUCUAGAACACAUGCAUAAUCGAUUUGUCGUGUACCGGGAUCUGAAGCCUGCCAAUAUCCUUUUGGAUGAGCAUGGACACGUGAGGAUAUCAGAUCUUGGUCUGGCCUGUGAUUUUUCCAAAAAGAAACCACACGCUAGUGUCGGAACCCAUGGCUACAUGGCCCCGGAAGUGCUCCAGAAAGGGACGGCCUAUGACAGCAGCGCCGACUGGUUCUCCUUGGGCUGCAUGCUCUUCAAGCUCCUGCGGGGUCACAGUCCCUUCAGGCAACACAAAACCAAAGAUAAGCACGAGAUUGAUCGGAUGACCCUGACAGCGAAUGUGGAACUGCCGGAUACGUUUUCCGCCGAAUUGAAGUCUCUCCUCGAGGGUCUCCUUCAGCGAGAUGUUAGCAAGCGGCUUGGAUGCCAGGGCAGCAGCGCACAGGAAGUGAAAGAACAUCCUUUUUUCAAAGGGAUUGACUGGCAGCAGGUCUACUUACAGAAGUAUCCUCCACCGUUGAUCCCGCCUCGGGGGGAGGUGAAUGCUGCAGAUGCCUUCGAUAUCGGCUCGUUUGAUGAGGAAGACACCAAAGGCAUUAAGCUGCUUGAUAGCGAUCAAGAGCUCUACAAGAACUUCCCUUUAGUAAUAUCAGAACGCUGGCAGCAAGAAGUAGCAGAAACGGUCUAUGAAGCGGUCAACGCGGACACCGAUAAAACGGAAGCCAGGAAGAGGGCCAAAAAUAAGCAGCUUGGUCACGAAGAAGAUUAUGCACUGGGGAAAGACUGUAUUAUGCACGGUUACAUGCUCAAACUGGGAAAUCCGUUUCUGACUCAGUGGCAGCGGCGGUACUUCUAUCUCUUUCCCAACCGACUUGAAUGGAGAGGAGAAGGAGAAUCCAGGCAAAAUCUACUGACCAUGGAACAAAUAGUGUUGGUGGAGGAAACCCAAAUUAAAGACAAAAAAUGCAUCUUGUUGCGGAUUAAAGGAGGAAAACAAUUUGUCUUACAAUGUGAGAGCGACCCGGAGUUCGUUCAGUGGAAAAAAGAGUUGACGGAAACGUUCAACGAGGCCCAGAGACUGUUCCGGAGGGCCCCCAAAUUCCUCCACAAAUCGCGCCCGGCCGCGGUUGAACUCUCCAAGCCGCCGCUCAGCCACCGCAACAGCAAUGGCCUUUAAGGGAGGCAGAGGAGACCGGGUCCUCCCCGAAACCACCGACGGCGGUCCCCAUCUCCGUACUUCUCAAAGAGGGGGAGGGGAGGAGCCGGGGUGGGUGGCGCCGCUGGACAAUCAAGCCGCCCGUGUACAGCGAGCGGAACAGGGAGGCCUGAACGCCUCGCUCGCCUCGUUCCGUGGGCCGUGGCGACGAAAGGAGUAAGACGCCAGUCGCCCUCGGGGGCGUCAGGAACGUUCUCAGAAACGGAAGUCGCUUCUUCCCCCUCCCGCGUCAUCGCCCCGGUGGCAUUCAAGACGGUCCAGAUCGUCAAACUACUGAAGAAGGAAGGAAGACACUGUUUCCUUUUCUCCCCGCCCUUUUUUUGGUAUAUUUAAUAUAUACGCAGAAUGGUGACUACUUGCCCCUUCCAUUUUUCCCUCUGAAAGCGAACAUAUCCAGAGCCUCUCUCGGAAGGAACUUAGAGACCUGCGGUGUCAGAGAAUGGAUUCCUCCACCCUGAAGCGCUGCCAUAUUUUAUCCAACAGUCACUGCUGAUUUGUAAAUCUUCGCCCCUUUCUACUGGCGAUCAAGAGCGGAGAUUCUUUCGUGCACUUCAGAGUACUGACUUGGGAUGUUCCUGUGGUUAGAAGUUGUAGAUGCUUCCUGAAAACGUGGAACUUGGAGGAUUCGCCACCGUCCUCUGCCGGUCUCCCCGUCGGUAGCUACUCCCCUUCUUCUCAGAGGCCCACGGUGAUCAAGAGGAGCGGACUGGAGCGGUGGUUCUGUCCCGUUGAUCUUGCCGGCACUGUUUUUAAAACUGAUGUUUUUUAAAGUUUACAGCAAAUAUGAAGGCGUCUCUUUCUCCAUUUCAGGUCAAUUUGCACUUUGAAAAAUCUUAUCAGGCCAGUGGGCAAACUGAGUCCCUCGGUACGUUUUCUUCCGGAUCACGGCUCACUUCCUGACAAAGGGGCCGUCCCCUCCUCUCGGACACAGAUCUUUUCCCAGCCCCGCGAGUGCGGCGUUUCCGAGCUGGCCUCAGAAAGCUCACGUCCCUAAGUUCGAUGUGCGAGGCAAUUGCUAUUCACGGUUCUGGUUUGAUUUUUUUGGCAUUCUCUAACGUUCCUAUCGAAACGUGGAAAAUUUUGGAAGAACGAAACGGUCGAAAGCAGGCUGGUUGUGCACGUUACCUUGUCAGAUAUCUCAUCGUCAUUCCGGGAUGUCUGAAUUCAUCAGGCUGAUCAGGAAACCUACCCACUUUGCAGCCUGAAGAAUUUCAUCUAAUUCAGAAUUGCAGCUUCAAGUUGCAUUUAAUCCCCCAUCCCUUCCCUCCAAAGCACCCCCCACCCCCUCGCAGCGUUCUGAACAAGUCAGUUGGUCUAUUUAUGCCACAAACUGCAUAAAUCUUUUUUAUAGUAUUUGUUAAGCACUUAGUAUGUGCCAGGCACUUUACCAAGUGCUGGGGUAGAUACAAGCUAAUCAGUCUGUUUUGAUUGAUUGGGUUUCCCGAUCUUAAUUGCCUUGGUACAGUGAGGUAACUGUACCACAGAGGAGUGAAGUGACUCACACAAGGUCACACAGCACACGAGUGGCAGAGCCAGGAUUAGAACCCAGGUCCUUCUGACUCUCAGGCUCGGGCACUAUCCACUAAUCCGUGCUGCCUCUCUACAUCUUUAGAAGUUCCUUCCCUGCAAAUUGCAGAGUGCCAACAGGCUCAAGAAGCAACUUUAAGCUGUAGAUUUAUCAUGUUCUUUGUGCAACUGGAUACAUUUAAUUUCACCAACAGUGAGAAUUCCUGGACACAAGUAACAAUCCGAAUUGAAUGAAUUCUCUCCUUUAAAAUCUGAUGUGAGCACAAACUCUUGUGAAUUUGGGAAAUUUGGGAAAUCCAGGAGAAGUACCACCUGAAGCAAAAUCAUAUUUUGAAUGGGUUCCUAGGACUGUUUGGUUUCCAAAAAGACUGGCAGAGGAUCUCAUUUGUUUUCUCCCACUCUUUGAGCGGAGUAGAAGUUCCAAUGUAAAGAAUCUUGCGAGCAGAAAAGUGAUAAAAGCAUGGCAGAGUU